UUGGUCGUCGCUCGAAUUGACGGGCUCUCGCUCUUGGAUUCACCCACGACAGUCCAUUUGCCCCAUCUUUUACGGAGCGGACUCAUCCAGUAUUCACAAUGGCCAAGGUCUCGACAAACGUUUCUUCCAGCCGCCGCAAGAGCCGCAAGGCGCACUUCUCUGCGCCUUCGGACCUCAGGCGCAAGAUCAUGUCGGCUCCCCUCGACAAGGAGUUGCGUGAGAAGCACAACUGCCGCUCCAUCCCCAUCCGCAAGGACGACGAGGUCAAGAUUGUCCGCGGUACCUUUGCUGGCCGUGAGGGCAAGGUCACCACUGUCUACCGUAAGAAGUGGUGCAUCCACAUCGAGAAGGUGACCCGUGACAAGAUGAACGGUGUCUCCAUUCAGAUCCCCAUCCACCCCUCCAAGGUCGUGAUCACCAAGAUCAAGCUCGACAAGGACCGUAAGGAACUUUUGGAGCGUAAGGCUGCUGGCCGCAAGGUCGUCAAGGCCGAGUAAACUUGUAAAUGAUGCCAGUCAACAUAUAUAGGUUUUCCGCUACUGUGUGGGUUCUUGCAUAUCUACGAUCAAUACGGAUUGACAAUGCUCCUCACGAAU